AUGUCCGCUGGCGCCGUUUCCUGGUCCAAAAACGGCUUUGUGUGCUAUGUGCUGCGUGGCCCGGCCCACAACUUGGCCCUCACGUACUUGGAAAACACCAAUGGCCGCCGCUGGCAACUUGCGCUGCUGCAACGGCUCUGUGUGAAACCGCUGGAUGAUAGUGCGAUGCCGCUGGUGGAACUAGUGCUGUGGAGCAAUCUUCUGACGGACUUGGCGGUUUUCGACGAGAACGGCCAUUUCUACGUCUUGCUUGCUGGCGUGGGGCUUUUGCUGGAGGAAAAUGGCGGCAACAGUUCCAACGGGGCGGCUACAAACACCGCCGCGGCAAACGGAGGCGCGGCUAAUGGCGAAAAAGGGGACGGGGUGAAAGGGGCUGCGGGCGCCAAUGGCGCGGUGGCUGCAAACGGCCCGCACUCGAACGGCAGCGCCAAGACUGCGGCGGCCGGAGGCGCUGCCGCCAGCAAGCCAGGCGACGCGGCUGCAAAAGCCACCGACACGCCCUCGUACGAGCUCACGCUGUACAACCACACGGAAAUGAUUUUCCGCGACAGGACGCCCGGCCGGUGCGUGGCGUUCCGCUGGCUCGGCGUCGACAAGGCGCAGAUGCGGCCAAAAGCAGCCGCGCGCAGCGCCGCGGGCGAAUAUUCCUACGACGUGGGCCAGCACGGGCCCACACACCCCGCACACCCGAUUGCGUCGAAACAGGCGUGUGUGGCGCUCCGCCAGAAUGGCCUCUUCACCUUGUAUUACCAGGGCGAGCACAAGGUGGAGUACCACAAGCUUUCGGUGUCGUUGGGUGGCGGCGUGCACUUUUCGCACGCCUCCAUUGGGUUCUGCGACCGCCGAAUUGUGGUGGCGGCGUACGACGCCUUGACGCGCCGCGUGAGUGUAUUUGUGCUCGCAGUCGACUGGGGCUACUUGGUCGAGCUGGCGGCGCGUCAGCGCUCCGACCCGCACCACCACACGCCCUUAAACAUGCAAACGCUGCCGCGCCUCUCGUGCACGUUGGUGCAAGAAAUCCGCGUGCCGGCGGGCGCCAUGGGCGGCGACACAGAACAUGGCCAAAGCGGCCAAGAACUUAAACGAAACCACGAUGCCGGAAAUGAGAACCAAAUCGCCCAAAGCGAAGCUCAGUUCUUGCAAAACACCACUACCACCGACAAUGGGCCGAACAUGACCACCCUGGCCUCCGACUCCGAAAUUGUUUCCUCCGAGAUCAAGCUGAUCGACAUCAUAGGGCCCGACGUGUUGGUGACAUACCAUGCCGUCAACUCCUCAGCUGCUACAUCAUCUGCCAUACACCGCUACCGCUUGCGUCACAUUGACCCACUCCAUUCCUUGGGCCCUGAAUUGAACGGUAUCUUUUCUGACUCGAAAAUGCAGUUUCCUGAAUUGGUGCUCUUCGAUGUCUUGCGCGUGCCUGGCAAAAUCAACCAGAUUACUCCUUGCUUGGACGAUCUGCUUGUGUUAUUUUUCCGCAGUGACGGCGCCGUGUACAUGCUCCGUGAAUGGAAUGCGCCGCUUGUUCGCAUAGACGUGGGUGCACAACUAUCCCCAUUCGAACCACCAUCCUCAGUUGCCUCUGCUCUUGAUUGUGGCUAUCGCGUACCUUGUGUGACAGGUAAUGUCGCUCUAUCUCCCAACAUGGCUGCGCUUGUACAUUUACCACCAGGUGCUGACACAGUGAGCUUUUCGCUCUUUCAGCCUGCGCCAAACUCGGAGGCGAUUCCCACCGAAACGACAGCCGUGGCCAUCGCCCACGCGCACGCCCAUGCGUGUUACACAAACAGCUGCUCGGAUGACGUGGUUGCAUUGGCUACAGCGGAAGUGCUGCGUGGUACCCACAACGAUGACCUCAUUGAGCGCACAGUAGUGGAGGCACACAAGUCCAUUUCCUUUCAUUUGAACAGCUAUAGCAAGGAGUCCGUUGACAAGCUUUUGCUGAAUCCGGCACUACAAAAGCUUCUCUCAUUACAGUUGGCGCUUGGCGAGCUCCACUCAUCCAACAGCACUAUACGUGAUGUGGCUUGGAUAGUUCUCAACCUACGCUCUACCAGCUUCGCCAUCAUGUUCUCUCUAUCCAGUAUUUACAGACAAAUCUCGAGAAAGAAACCAGCAAACGACAGUUUAGAGGAUUCCACUGUUCGUGCAGAAAGUAUUGUGCUGUUGGUCGGAAGUGUCAAGUGGCUUAUUGAUUUGAUUGUCUAUUUGAAUCAAGAGCUUUUACAAAUCAGUCUAUCGAAGGAUAAUCCCGACAAUAGUUCAGUCACUGUGCACAAUUCGGUAACGUUACCUCUUAUUAUGAGUAAAGUACCUCGUUUAUUCCUCAUGUACGCAAUAUCUUCCAUUGCCAAAACUCAUGAAAUCUUGAAGAAGAUCCACAAAGAUUUAACAGAAGCUAAUAAGCUCUUCACACCUAUGCAAGAAGCACUUAUGCGAUUUUUUGGCACUUGCGGGUCUCUGCCAUUGAACUUAAAUGUAUUUGAGAACUUCUUAAGAGACUGUGAUACUUCAACGUCUAAAGACUUGGCAGCACGUGCUGCUGCAGAAAACAUAUCUCCGCUUCAAUUAGAACAUCAAUUGUUUUGCAUUGGGAAAAUCCCUAGUCCACUUAUAUCAGUGGCUAUCACGAUGACAGACCAUCACUAUGCUAUCAUCAGUCGCGAUUCAAAGCUAUCUGAAUUGUUCUUCUAUAACACUGACUGGAUAGACGCUGGUGUUGGCAGAUCGAACCGUGUCUUUACGGAGUCAUCGCCAAAUGAGCAAUUCAUGCCUACACAGGUGCGGCUUCAAUAUUCGGAAAACGAAGUAGUUGAUGCUCUCCGAAAGAUCAUCAUUCGAGCACCGUCGACGUUGCGCUCCGGUGGGGUAUCUACGAUGGGCCAAGGGUAUGUGUCGAACAACAAGAUCCGUAAAUGCACUCGGUGCCGUGCGGUUUCUCUAAUAGCAGAUCCAUUGGUGUUUGGAACCCCUAAAACAAUCAGUCUUUGGACAAUGGUGUUUCAGAGAACAUGCAUUUGCGGUAGCGCAUGGGUGAACUGUCUAUAA